CGGCGCAUGCGCAGAGCGCUGCUGCGGGGACCUGCGGAAUAAUGAGCCUGUGCCCGGGCUGGGGGGGGCCGGCCGGAGGAAGACAUGCUGCCAAAUAGUGAUCCCCGGCGGCUGGUGCGCUCCUAGGGGGCCGGUGCGGGGCGGGGGGCAGACCCGGGGCGCCAUUCCCACACACCUGCCCAGACAGCGCUGCCGGGCCUCGGCGCCGGGCCGCCUCCCGCGGCCGAGUCACUCGUGGGGCCGGGAGUUUUAGGACAGAAAAGAUGCAGAACCACUGACUGUAGCAAAUGCCUGGAAGACUUGGGAGUUCAUUUCUAUACUGGUGAAGAUCAAUUAUAAAUUUCUUCUACUGAGUGGUGAAACUCCGUUUAAUCUUCAAACUGGCGAUGUCAAGGGUGCCGAGUCCUCCUCCUCCGGCAGAAAUGUCGAGUGGACCUGUAGCAGAGAGCUGGUGCUACACCCAGAUCAAAGUGGUGAAGUUUUCCUACAUGUGGACCAUAAACAACUUUAGUUUUUGCCGAGAAGAAAUGGGUGAGGUCAUCAAAAGCUCAACCUUUUCAUCCGGCGCCAACGAUAAACUCAAAUGGUGUUUACGUGUGAAUCCCAAAGGCCUGGAUGAAGAGAGUAAAGAUUAUUUAUCCCUCUACCUGUUGCUGGUGAGCUGUCCAAAAAGUGAAGUUCGAGCAAAGUUCAAAUUCUCCAUCCUGAAUGCUAAAGGAGAAGAAACAAAAGCAAUGGAGAGCCAGCGAGCGUAUCGAUUCGUGCAAGGCAAGGACUGGGGGUUCAAAAAAUUUAUUAGGAGAGACUUUCUUUUGGAUGAGGCCAAUGGACUUCUUCCAGAUGACAAACUCACUCUGUUCUGCGAGGUGAGCGUGGUGCAGGACUCGGUCAACAUCUCCGGCCAGAACACCAUGAACAUGGUGAAGGUGCCCGAGUGCCGCCUGGCAGACGAGCUGGGCGGGCUGUGGGAGAACUCGCGCUUCACCGACUGCUGCCUGUGCGUGGCGGGGCAGGAGUUCCAGGCACACAAAGCCAUCCUGGCAGCGCGUUCUCCGGUUUUCAGCGCCAUGUUUGAGCACGAGAUGGAAGAGAGUAAAAAGAAUCGGGUUGAAAUCAAUGAUGUGGAGCCUGAAGUUUUUAAGGAAAUGAUGUGCUUUAUUUACACGGGGAAGGCACCAAAUCUUGACAAAAUGGCUGAUGACUUGCUGGCAGCUGCUGACAAGUACGCGCUGGAGCGCCUGAAGGUGAUGUGCGAGGACGCGCUGUGCAGCAACCUGUCUGUGGAGAACGCAGCCGAGAUCCUCAUCCUGGCCGACCUGCACAGCGCCGACCAGCUCAAAACUCAGGCAGUCGACUUCAUUAACUAUCACGCUUCUGAUGUCAUGGAGACCUCGGGCUGGAAGUCGAUGGUGGUUUCGCACCCGCACUUGGUGGCCGAGGCCUAUCGCUCGCUGGCCUCGGCGCAGUGUCCCUUCCUGGGGCCCCCGCGGAAGCGACUGAAGCAAUCCUAAAGCCCGGCUCGCGCCGCCCCGUGUUGUUCUGGAAGCAGCACCAGCCGUUGCUGCUGUGACCUUGACCACCAGGUAGACAGCGAAAUCCGUGGAGCUUUUACUCUGUUGUUGGGGGGAAGAGACUGCUUCGUGACACCCAGACUUUUUCAAACAGCACCAAGUAACUUGGGGAGAGGGGGGAGGGUGGGCCUGGGGCUGUUCAACCUAACGAAUCCCUGUCGCUGCAUUGUCUGUGUGUUCCCUUCGACUUGGCCGAGUCAAUAAAGGACUGGGUUCGGUUUAGGCACCGGCCCGAGUUGGGAUAACCCAGCAGAGGUACUGGGGAAAACAACAUCUCUGCGUCUGGCAGCACAGAACGAACCGUCAGAUGCCUGGAGCAAGAGGACGUUUUAGCCUUGGGAAGCGUUGGAGGGUUAAAAAGAACUUCCAGCAAAGUUCUGGAGAGGAAGUACCUGAUGGGAGCUCCAGUAGUAUUUAUAUCAAAAAAAAAAAAAGAGAAUUUAAGUCCUUCCAGCUGAGCUAAAAACUGGACGUUUGUGUAAUUCCUUAUUGCUAUCCAGCAACAAGAAGAUCAGUUUCUCUGUUAGUAGCACUUGUAUGUUAAUUGAAAAAAAAAAAAAGGGAGGAAAAAAGGAAGAAAAACCCCACGUUUUAUCAAGUGACAGGUUGGAGUGCAAGGGGCCAGUGAGCGGCUGGAGGGUGUGAAUAGACUGCAGGCAGCCCUUGGCAAGGCUGCUGGUUUGGAAAGGACUAGAAAAUCCUUGGAUCUGGAGCGUGCUGUCUGACAAGAACAACGGUUACUGUUUUUAGAUAUUGUGGGAAGUGUUUUUGGCAUUUUUCCCUGCUUUAUUUUCCCUCCUCCCCCUUUUUAAAAAACAAAAAACAACAAAAAAAAGAGAAAUUUUAUUGUUCAUGAGCGCUGCGUCAGAAGUCCCUGUCCUGAGUUGCUAAAUGAUUCUUAACAACUGUUUGUACCUGACUUGCUGACUGUAUAGAGCCAGUCCUGUUCCUUUCUAUUAGUCACUCUUCUUACAGGGAAGAAGUUUCAAAAUAGCUGGUAACUUUUUUUUUUUUUUUUCCUUUUUGAAAAUAUAAAUAAUUACUAUUUUGUA